AUGGAGCAUUUGUUGAGAAAAAAGGGUAUCAAACUAGAUAACCGUUUUGUUGUUUCUUAUAAUAGGAAUAUUUUGGUUAAGUAUGAUGCUCACAUAAAUAUUGAGAUAUGUAAUCAACAUAGAUCAAUCAAGUAUCUAUUCAAGUAUGUCAACAAAAGGCUGGACAGAAAGAGAGUUUCUAUGGAAAUUGAAAACAAUGGUCAACAGAACAAUCAAUGCGAGAUUUUACAAGACAAAGACGAAAUAAAGGCAUAUCUGGACUACAGAUAUAUCUCUUCUAUGGAAGCUUGCUGGAGGAUAUUUAAGAUUGACAUGUAUUACAGAGAACCAAUUGUUGAAAGAUUGCCAUUCCACUUAGAGAAUGAACAAAUAGUUAUUUUCGAUCCAAUGUUGACACUUACAGAGAACAUAAGGUUGAAGACAAACUUGGUGAACCCAACAGAAUUGGAUAACUUGAAGGGUUUUGACAAAUGGUUACCUAAUAUUGGAAAGGACGGGACGUUGCAGAAGAUGAAAGUUACAUCCAAAUACCUGAAGACUUGA